AUUUAUAUGUCACUUAGUAUAGCUGAUCAAUUAGCGAAAGACACUAUCGCUAUUGGCUACGAAGUAGAUAUUUCUUCAACCAUUCAAGACAAUCAUGCUAUUUUGAAACCACACCCAAAAAUGGGAUGGCAUGUGGAAUCGGGGUUUCUGAAGCGGACAGAAGAUCAUAGCAUACAAGGUACAGCCUACUUCAUCCACAGUUGCUGCUUAAUACAUUGAACGCUGUACAUAUGGCGGUAGGAGCAAACAAAAAACAUGUCCAAAUGAAGAACACGAAAAAGCUUUACAAAGUAUGACUUUCAUCCUAUGGAGCCCAAGCAUCCCACCCUACCGUUAAGGGGCGUCAAUCAUUAUAGACUCUACGUUCGCAGCAUGCUGCCCCGGGCAACCGAACACUGAAC